AUGUCCCGACGCAACUCAGACAUAUCCGAACAUGCUCCUCUAAUCCGGGCCUCAUCUCAACCCAUUUCUAUAACCUCUGAACUCCCCUAUCACCACACUCCCCGUCUCUCCUUUUCUCGGCGACUCUCAAAUGGCUAUCGAAAAUCUCGAAGUUACGUGAGAAGCUUCCUAUCCACUCGCGGUCAACAUUACACCGUUCUUCUACUCGUCGCAUGCGAUUUAAUUGGUAUUUUCGCAGAUAUCAUUAUAAAUCUCUAUCAAUGUGAUAAUGAUAAGGAAGGCAAGACCGAUCCGAUUUGGAAUGAAGUGAGAGUUGGGCUGGGGAUCGCUGGUUUGGUAUUCAGUUGUUUGUUCAUGUUGGAAUUGAUUGCUAGCGUUUGGGCUUUUGGUUGGAGUAAAUUCCACUGCUUUGAUGCCACUGUGAUUGUUGCCGGGUUCGUCGUCGACGUACUACUUCACGGAAUUGUCGAAGAAGUUGCCUCCCUUGUAAUCGUCCUCCGUCUCUGGCGUUUCUUCAAAAUUAUCGAAGAAUUCAGCGUAGGUGCUCAGGAACAAAUGGAUGUACUUGAAGAAAGAAUUGAACAGCUUGAGAUGGAAAAUAAACGGUUGAAGAAAGAACUUAGAAAGAGAAAUGAUAAUGAUAAUGAUGAGGAUUUGGAGAACGGAGAAAGAACAAGAUAG